AUGGAAGGCGAGCCGAUCACAGUGAUCGAGCUGCCCACGGACGUGCUGCGAUUCGAGUACAACGGCAAUCGCCAGUGCUGGCACUACGGCUGGCGCUCCAACCGCUUCAACUGCACGACCAAGCAUGUGCUCAUGGUGUACAUCUUUGAACAAGCGGGCGCGGACGAACUCGAGUGCAUCGACGUGCUCUCGUCGCCGCAGUUUACCGUCUGCUCGAGUCGCCGCAGCUCCAAGGCGCUAGCGGCCGACGCGGCGCCGUCGCUGCAGGCGUCGGACGACGAAGACACGAAUAGCAGCAGGCGAGUGGCCAGCGACCAGACCUCUGCGUUGUCGUCCUACGGCGCCCGUCGUACCCGGUCGCCGCCGCCCGAGUCGAGCCAAGCGACGAAGCGGCCGCGCACCGCGUCACCCUCGGACCGCGACCGCGCGAUCGUCGACGCGCUGGCGUUCUGGGACCUCUGCCUCGCGACCAUGAACGUGCAGGUCACGUCCAUCGUGCAGCGCGACUCGCCGUUCUUCGAUGCGUUCAACGCGAUCCUCGCGGGCCUCUUCCGCCAAGACUUCGUGCAUUUCGUGCGGCAGCACCUGCGCGCGCCUCCGAUGCCCGACUUUCUCGCGUCGUUUGAGGAGCUUUUGGUGGCGAUUGCGGCGCAAAUCAAAGGCGCGCUCGGCCACACGUCGCUCUCGCAGUGGCUCCAGCUCGUGCAGCUCGACGCUGACUGGCACCCGACGGCCACGAUCGGGACGUGGCUGCCUGUCUACAUUGCCUUUGUCGAAAACAUGCAACACGCGCAAUGGUACUCGGGCAACGUCAUCCAUAGUGACAGCCUCCUCAUGGGCACGUGGCGGCGCGAGUCAAGCGUCAAGCACCCGAGCCUUGUGGUCGCGACGGCGCUCGACUACAGCUCGCUCUACUGGACGUGCUCGAGCCUUGGUCCGAAUACCAUCCAGGUGCGCUGGGACGACGCGCUCUGCGGGCCAUGGAUUGUCUUGCAGCUCGAGCACGAGAAUUCGGCCAUGCCCCAAGUCCACACGCAGCUGCUCUCGAUCGGCGGUCUCUCGUCCAUUGGCACCGAGUGGCUCCUCUGCGGCACGCGCGCGUGGCGCGAGAACCAAGACGACACGCUCGUCAUCGAGUGGUACUAUUGGCCCAAGGUGAUUGGCGCGCCGCGGAAGCGCAUGCGCGAGCGCUUCACGCUGCUCCCGAGCUCGUCCGACCGGCUCAUGUGCCAGCUCUUUGUCGAGUACUCGGAUGCUGUCCCGGUCAUGGACCCCGUCGACAUGGUACAGCGCAUGCUGCUGCCUGCCAAUUGGCAAGUGCAGCAGAUGAUCCCGCAGUACUACGCCCGCUGCGGUGCGGCCAUCGAGGCAUACGACGCAGACCAGUAG